GUUGAGAUGAGAUGAGAUGAGAUGAUUGAAUUGUGUAUAAUUAAAAGGAAGCAUUGACUGAUGGGAGGGGGUUACUUGAGAGAGAUUCCUUCAUCAUCAUAUUCAUAUUCAUAUUCAUAUUAUUAUGCACCGCCGCCUAUGGCAAAACAAGAGACACAGUCGUUGCCUCAAAAGCAGUACCCUCAACAAAUAGAGCAAGAGCGACAACAACUCCCGUUACUCAUACAACAAUGGCGGAUGUAUGAACUACAACUCCGGUUGCAUAAAACACUUUCCGGUCAACAUACUCAUCAUUCUUCUUCUUUUUUCUCAUACAAUAUACACAAUGAAGAUGAAUUUUUGGACGCCUUUUCGAAACCUAAAUUACUCAAAAACGAUGAUUGCGAGUCUUCUAAAGGUGGUGUUAAUAUUGUUAAUGAAGAAGAUAAAAAGGAUGAAGAUCAGAUAUUGGACGACGUGCGUCCAUAUGUUUUAUUUCCCCGUUACUAAUUCAGAUUUCUAGAGGAAAAUAUAUCAGAUUACAUUGUUUUUUUUAAUGUAUCCCGGUAAAUGUUUUUUAUAUUUUUUCAAUUUUAAUUCAGCUAUUUUAGUUUUUUUGACAACUACUGUGCUUCAGUAGAUACAUUGGGUUAACCCGGAUUGUAUCAGGGUAAUCGUCAAAGUGCCCCGGCCUAUUGAACAUAUGUUUGAACCAUUAUAAACAAGUACAUUCUCUCA